AUGUGUAGUGUUCAAGAAAUAAUAGAAGAGGUUGAACCUAGCAAGGUACCAGUGGUGAGUGAGUUUCCAGAUGUUUUUCCUGACGAGAUUCCAGGAAUGCCAUCAGAACUAAAAGUCCAACUGGAUGAGCUGUUGGAGAAAGGCUACAUCAGGCCAAGCUCUUCACCAUGGGGUGCACCAGUACUGUUUGUGAAAAAGAAAGAUGGGAGUUUGAGGCUAUGCAUUGACUAUCGGGAACUAAAUAGUGUAACUAUCAAGAACAAAUACCCACUUCCGAGAAUAGAUGAUCUGUUUGACCAACUCAAGGGGGCUGGAAUCUUUUCUAAAAUAGACCUGAGGUCUGGUUAUCAUCAAUUAAGGAUUGCGGAGAAUGAUAUCGCAAGGACAGCCUUUAGGACUCGCUAUGGACAUUAUGAGUUCACAGUGAUGCCUUUUGGUUUGACUAAUGCACCUGCAGUUUUCAUGGAUUUGAUGCAUAGAACUUUCAGAACGUUCUUGGAUAAAUUUGUUGUUGUUUUCAUCGACGACAUUCUGGUUUACUCUAAGAAUAGGGAGGCACAUGAGGAGCAUUUAAGACAAGUUUUGUCAAAGUUGAGAGAGCAUCAGUUAUAUGUUAAGCUUUCUAAAUGUGAGUUUUGGUUGGAGGAAGUUGCAUUUUUGGGCCAUGUGAUCUCGAAAGAGGGUGUUUCAGUGGAUCCCACUAAGAUUCGAGCUGUUACUGAAUGGCCUACUCCGAAGAGUGUAUCUGAUAUAAGGAGUUUCUUGGGAUUGGCCGGAUAUUACCGAAGAUUUGUGAGGGACUUCUCUAGGAUUUCAAGGCCUAUGACUAACUUGAUGAAAAAGGAGUGUAAAUUUAUUUGGAGUUCAGAGUGUGAGGAGGCAUUUCAGAACUUGAAGAACAUGUUAACUUCAGCACCAGUUUUAGCAUUGCCAGAUGAAGGUCAACAAUAUGAGGUUUAUAGUGAUGCAUCGAAAUAUGGCUUAGGGUGUGUACUGAUGCAAAAUCGAAAGGUGAUUGCUUAUGCUUCGAGGCAAUUGAAACCUUAUGAGGUGAAUUAUCCAACUCAUGAUUUAGAAUUAGCUGCCAUUGUGUUCGCCUUGAAGAUUUGGAGACACUAUUUAUAUGGAUGAACUUGUAAGAUUUAUACAGAUCAUAAGAGCUUGAAGUACAUAUUUACUCAAAAGGAGUUGAACAUGAGGCAAAGGAGAUGGUUAGAACUCAUUAAAGAUUAUGAAUUGGAUAUCCAGUAUCAUGAAGGGAAGGCUAACGUUGUGGCUGAUGCUUUGAGUAGGAAGACUAGUCAUUCGAUUAAUGCAAUAAUAUUGCCAGAUCAGUUAUGUAUGGAGUUUCAGAAGAUGCACUUGGAAGUCAUUGAGCUAGGAAGCGUAGAAGAACUACUAGGUGCCAUAGCGAUCCAACCUUCUAUUCUUGAUGAGAUCAGGGAAAGUCAAGCUGAGGAUGAUAAAUUGGAGAAAAUUAAGAAGAAAAUUGAAGAGGGCCAAGCACUAGACUUCAAAAUAUUUGAUGAUGGCAGUGUAAAGAUUGAACAUAAGAGACCUCAAGGGAUGGUCCAACCUUUGGAAGUGCCUAGCUGGAAAUGGGACUCUAUCUCAAUGGAUUUUGUGGGAGCCUUGCCUAAAAGUAAGAAAGGAAAUGAUACUAUUUGGGUGGUAGUGGACCGUUUGACUAAGACCGCAAUUUUUAUACCAAUGAAGAAUACUUGGUCGAUGGAUCAACUGGCUAUAGCCUAUGUGAAGUUUGUAGUGAAGUAUCAUGGAGUACCAAAGGACAUCAUCUCUGAUCGAGAUUCUAGGUUCUUAUCGAACUUUUGGCAAAGUGUGCAAAAAGCAAUGGGGACCAAGCUACUGAUGAGUACCGCUUUUCACCCAGCUACUGAUGGGCAAACUGAGAGAACUAUUUAG